CUUUUCUUUUCCAGCUUUUGUAACCAGUUUCAAGAAAAGUGGUUUUUUCUCUCCUUUUGAGGAAAACAGUUUUCUUCUUCCUAUAGCUCUCCCUCUUUGUGCACUCAAGUUUUCAGCCAUGGAUACUGCUCAGUGGCCACAGGGAAUUGUGGUGAAACCAAUAGAUGAGAUAGUGACAAACUCAUGCCCUAAGCCUGCAGCAGCUAAUAAUUUAGAGAGGAAGGCAAGGCCUCAGAAGGAACAAGCCCUAAACUGUCCAAGGUGCAACUCCACCAACACCAAAUUCUGCUACUACAACAACUACAGCCUCACACAACCAAGGUACUUCUGCAAGACUUGCAGAAGGUACUGGACUGAAGGUGGGUCCCUCAGAAACAUCCCAGUUGGAGGUGGUUCAAGGAAGAACAAGAGAUCUUCAUCCUUAAACAAUUCCCCAUCAACAACUUCUAACAAUUCUUCUUCUUCCUCAGCAUCCAAAAGGCUUCCUGAUCUGAUUCACCAAAACCCUAAAAUUAACCAAUCCCAAGAUCUGAACCUCACUUUCCCAUCCACUAAUCAAGAUUUCAGGACUAUUAUCUCUGAUCACUUGCUUAAUCACCAUCAUCAACAAUUUCCAAACAACAACAUCAAUAACGAAAACACCAACAAGCAGCAAAACCACAUUUCUUCUUCUUCCCCAACCUCUACUACUACAACUACAACAACAUCCCACCUUUCAGCCUUGGAGCUUCUCACUGGGUUGACUUCUAGGGGUUUGAACUCCUUCAUGCCUAUGCCAGUCUCAUCAGACCCCAACAACAACAGCAAUACUGUAUAUAAUAGUCCCUCUGGACUAAUUAAUCCCAUGCAAGAUUUCAAGCCAACUCUUAAUUUUUCAAUUGACGGGCUUGGAAGUGGGUAUGGGAGUCUUCAAGGUCAUCAUGUUCAAGAGAGCAGUGGGAGGCUUUUGUUUCCAUUUGAAGAUUUGAAGCAAGCUCCUUCAGGAGGUGGGAUUAAUGAGGAGAACAAGGAGCAUGGAGAUUCAGCUGGGUAUUGGACUGGAAUGCUAGGAGGAGGAUCAUGGUAAUUAGUAAUUACAAGAAGAGAUUUGCAUAAUGGGUUUUUCUUAAUUGUGGUUUUAAACUCUUUAUUAAUCUUGGGUGGUGGGUGACUUAAUGUUUGGAUUUCUUCAUAAGUUAACUAACAGAUAGGAUACAUGGGUUUUCUUUAA